GCUCCCUCUCUCUGCGGAGACCCUCUGCCCGCCCUGGGGAUCUGCUGACUGCUGCCGCGCUGGGAGCUCCGCCGGAGUUGGAGCGGGAGACGAUCUGAAGAGAUGUCCUGAAUGUGGACUGUGAUUUUUCAAGACAUUUGCACUGUGCAGUAUUGAAAAUGUUUAGGAGAUUGACUUUCCCACAGCUGCUUUUUGCCAGCAUCCUUGGAAUUUCUGGAGGACUAUAUAUUUAUCAACCAAUAUUUGAACAGUAUUUCAGAGAUCAAAAGGAAUUUGGAGAAAACUUGAAAUUGGCACCGAAAUCAGAAGAGAAGAAAACAUAGUUCUAUGUGAUGCUGAAUUGUAAUUUAAUUUCUUAAAGUGUUUUUGAAAUAGUACUUUAUAAUCUACUAAAAUUUUCUCAAACAUUUUAAACAAAUAUAAUACUUUUAAAUUAUUUUGAAAAUAGCACUGUUAAUUUCUGAUGUCUAUUGUAUUUUUUUCUGUCAUAUUGUCUUUUCACUAAGAUAAAUUCAUGAUUUCCUUUUAACCCAAAACUUGAAUAACGUAAGAACUAAUUUGUUUCCUAGACUAGGUUGACUUUUCUGGUAAUGCUGCAUAUACAGUAUUAUGGGCUGAAAGUCUUUAUAAAAUAGCUAGAAAUGCUGUUAAUAGGUUAAUAAAUGAAAUGAACCAAGCUGUUUCAGGCACAGUACCUUUAUGUUCCACCAAAUUAAUAUGCUUUAGCAGCCUUUCAACUUUAAUCCUUCCCUAGAGUAAUAAAUUGGGAAUCUUGAAUUGAAUCAAAAUGAAGUUUUCUAGGAGGUAAGUUGUGUGAAAUAGGGUGGUAUACAAGACAAAUCAGUUUACGCCACUAAACAAAUUUGUGCUAAAAAUAUGAAACAAGGGAGGGUCAAAUGUUUUAUGAAACUGCUAUUUGUAUAGUUAAAGGAAUUUUUGAAAUUGCUAAGGAUUGAUUAUCCUAUCAAUUGUAACUAGUUGAUUGUUUGGGUGAAGUUAAGUUUUUAGGGUAAAAGCUAACCUUUUACUCUAACAAUCUUAAAUUUAUAUUGAGUAAUAAUUAUCAUCACAGUUGGGGAUGUAGCUUAGCUGGCAUCUGUGAGGUCAUUUGUUGAAUUCUGGGCCUCUUCCCCAGAACUGUUGAGUAUGAUCAAUAAACAAACAAACAAACAAA